UUUGUUUCUCAAACUAACUCUCGCUGUGUGUCUCGAAAGUAAAGAACCACAAAACAUCGCGCAUGUUGCCUCUCCCGACUUCUUUCUUGCUUAUUUCCUAUGGGAGAAUAAAAGUCAAUUUAUUUUCUCUCUCCCCGCAAGUGUAGUGAAUAAAAACGUGUUUGUGUCUACGAAUUAGAAAAAAAAACAAAAUAAUUCCCAGCUAAUUAAUCUGUAUUUAAUCUUCCUCGAAGAAGACGACGAAGAAAUGUCGGUUUUAUAGAUUCCUACAUACAAUUAGGGAAACAAUAUGUCGAGGAAAGAAGGUAACAAAAUGUUAGUUCAUCAAUUGUCAUCAGUUUUACCAGACGAUCGUCCAAUUACUGCCAUUAGUAUUGUUGAAGACAUAGAUAAAUGUCCGCCUAAUUAUACAGUUGUUUCAAGGACACAUGAUUUAGAUGCCGACGCUGAUUUGUGGCGUGAAAGUGGAUUGUUCAUUAAGAAAAAAAGUAGAUAUAUAUGUUUCUCAAAGACUGAAGGACUGCCACAUUGUGUGGUUGAAGAAAUUGCAAUAAUCGAUGAAAGGGAACCACCUCCAAAGGGCUAUAGCAUGAUUUCACAUACAGUUGAUACCAUGCAACGUGCAUGGAGGAAAAGGCAACUUUGUUAUAAAAUUAAAAAUAAAGAUUUAUGCUCAAAAGCUAUAACGGACAUAAUUAUUUGUAGUAGAGUUGGAAAAAGUUCAAGAAGAGCACCAUUUGAAUUCACCUAUGCUGGUCUGGUGAAUGGUGUGAGUCUUUGUUUCAAAACUGUCGAUUUGAAUACCAUUGAUCCAAAUUCCAGACCUUAUGCAAAUAUCGAAUCGUUGACUAAUCCAUCGCCAAAUCCAUCAAAUGGAACUCCACACAGAGUGGCACCGGAGAGACCACCAAAACCAAAGUUUGCACCAAAAGCACCAACUAGCAUUUAUCCUCAAAUUAGUCCAGCAUGUCCGUCAAGUCCUGGAAAUCCCUCCGACGACUCUAUGGAUCGUGAUUAUGAGAUUCUUAGUCCAAAUGCAAAGAUAAAACCAACAAGACCAGCGCCACAACCACCAAAAUCACCUCUUGUUGGUUCCACUUCAAAUUAUGGUACAUUACCGGGAUCAUCUGAUCUUGAUGGAGUUCCUUUUGCUCUCAAUCCUCUUCUCUCCACCAAUAAAAAUCAACUAAAAAAAAAACUUCCUGUGAUUAAAAUUCGAACUCGAGAAGAAAUGGAUAAAGCGUAUCACUACGAUUUUCGAGCAGAGAGAGAAACUUGAAGGAAUCGAGAACGUGCCAAAACGAAUUGCGUAAGCCUAUCGUUUCUAAGCUGUAUUCAUACUUUAUGUAUAUUAAAUAAUAUAGCUCUAGCAAUGCAUAAUGGAGUGCCUGAUUAAUUAAUUAAUUAAUUAAUUAUUAUUAUUAUUGGAAUGUUUCACAUUCAUUAAUCCUCAAAAGAGCUGAAAUUUUCUUUUUCAACUUUUGUGCGAUGGAAUGUGAACAAAUUACGAAUUGCACGAUACAUGCGUUAUAUAUAUAUAUAAUAUUCGAAUCUAUGUAUCUUCUUCCGUGCCCUAUUUAGAUUUUUAUACCAGUGAUUACGAGCAUUGUAUUUUUAUAGACUUGCGUUGUAUUUUUAUAGUUCGUAGGGAAUUAAUAGUAUGUAUCAUAUACGUUCUAUAGUUGUUUACAAAUCAUGAAAGAUAUUUAGCGAAAAAAAAAGAAAAAGAUCACAAUUAUCAUCAUGUUCACGCCAUACGCAAAACGUUCCUUAAAAAAAUUUCUCUUAUUUAUUUUCAAUUCAUCCACAUUGUCAAAGGAUUGAAUUUUUUUUUAAUAAUUCUUCGGUGCACUCUUAAUUUUUAAGUUGAAGAACUCGUCGGCGAACUAAAAAUAAUAUUUAAAGUAUUUAAAAAAUUUUAUUUUUUGAACUUAAAAAAAAAAACUGAAAAGUAAUAAUAAGCGAUUUGUUUAAGAAAUUAUAUCUAAAUUAUUACCGACAAGAAAUGGAUUUAUUUCCUAAAGUAAAUUCUUUGUUUGGUAAAAAAAAUUGUCCAAACUUGUUCUUUUUAUUAUUUUGAUAAAUUAAAAAUUUAUAACGAACAAAAAAAAAUCAUAUUUUAUUAAAUGAUAAAUUAUUAAAAAUAUUAUAAAUUAAUCUUAUUAUGAAUAAGAGAUUUUUCUUUUAAUCGAAAUUAACAGGGCUCAAAUGUAUUAGUUAUUGUGAUAAAAAAACGUCCGUAGUAUUAUAAUUUUUAGACUAAAGGAAUCAUAAAAAAAAUAUGUUUAUUAGAAUUAAUAUUAGGUAAUCGAUUGUAAUUUAUAACGAACAAAAUUAUCAUUCAUUGUAACAUUUAUAGAUAUAAAAAAUUAUAAAUGAUUGAAAAUAUCAUUUGUCAAAUUUCAUUAAUUGAAAUUAAGAAAAAAUUGAACGAGUCAACGACUUAAACUUUUACGAUUUGAAAUUAUAAUUUGGAUUAUUAUAAUUUAAAUCGAUCAAAAAUACUGUUAAUUAUUACUGACAUUAAUAUGUAAUUACCAAAAAUUUGAGAUUACUCAUUACUUUCAUACAUCGAAAUUAUCUUUCCUUUGAUUUAGUUUUAAUUAUUAAAAUUUAAUUCUUAGUUUCUUCAUAUUUGUGAAAAUCUUUAUCGAUUUCUCAUAUUAUACAAUUUUAUUUGCCUGAUCAUUGUCUUUUUUUUGAAAAAUUUAUUCUAAAUUUCGAACUCCAAUGAAUGAAUUGACUUUAAUCACUCUAAUCCUAAUUCAUUUUAUAAUUAUGGAUUUUAAUUAAUGUGUAUAAUUUUAUAUUCACUAUUAGUUAUUGAAUUAACUAUAUAAUUCCUUUAAUUAGUUUUUAAGUUCAUGUUUCUGAUUUCAUUAAAUUCCUUUAUUUCCUAUUCAUUCGUAAAGAAAAUAAUUUUAAUUUAUUUUCAAAAUUAUUUUAAUUUCUUAAUUUAUAAUUUUGUUCCUUUUUUCACAACUCCAAUGAAUGGAUUUUUUGUCUCAUAGGAAUUAUUCUUUUUCUUAAUAUUCUUCUAAAUUAGUUAAAUUGACUUUCGUCUCUUUAAUUCUAAUUUAUUGCAUAAAUGUUGAAAAAAAAAUUUAUUUUUUUCUUCAAUGCAAUCAGGUUUUGAUCGAUUUAAUUUAUGAUUAAAUUGUAUAAUUUUAAUUAAAUCUGAACAAAAAAAAUAAAUAAGCGAAACUUAUAAAAUAAGUGUCAAUAAGAGAAACUAUAACUGACUAUAUGUAAUUUUCAUGAAUGUAAAUUAACAUUAAUUUUACAAUUUAUUUAUUUCAAUUAACAUUAAUCGAUAUUAGAAUAUAAAAUCUGUUCGACGUCGAGUUCUUCCCUUUUGUAAUUUUAUCGAACUGUUAAAUAGAAGAAAAAAAAAUGUUAUCAAGUGUGUAGGUGCUGCCAAUAUAUAUAUAAAAAAAUAGAUACGCGAAUUGUAUUUAAUCAAAUGUAUUCAGAUCGAUCUGAAUUCAUGCACUAAUUAUAAAUAUAAACGAUAAAUUUACUAUAGUAAAUAAGGAAGCACUGUCAAAGCAUUAUUUUAAUUUAUUAAUUUCUCUUUUUUUUAUUCGAAUAUAAUCAAGCGUUGUGGGAUUGUUUCGAAUUUAAAAAACAAAAAUUUUAAUUUUCGAUAGAAAAUAUAAAUUUUAUAAAGCGAGGCCUUUCAAUUAGUAUUACUUAUUAUACUGGAAUUUAAGUGUUAAACAAUUAAGAUGUUAAAGAAUUUCUUACUAUUGAUACUUAUUUAUUGAAAAUUAACAUUUUUCUAUUAUUAUUUUUUUUUUUUUUGCACAAUUUUAGAAACAUUUUUUAUUCUUAUUUACAUCACAAAUGUGUAUACUUAUGCGCCAUGAAAAAAAAGAAAGAAAAAGACUCAAGGAAUGUAGAGUAAGAAUGUUUUUUUUUAUUUGUGAAAGAAUUUUCUGAUGGAAAAAGUGAAAAUGUUCCUUCUGUCAGUCUUCGGGAAAAAUCACAUAUACGUUAGAAUAAAAACUAUCGGGAACAAUGUAUUUACAACACAUUCUUAUUCUCGAAAUAUAUUUAUAAAAUCUCAA